GCCAACAUAUACCUACGAUUACAUAGAUUAUAGAAAGAUAACUGGAGUUAUAAGAGGGUUGUUUGGGCUUUGUAAACCGUCGCCUUUAUAAUCCAGUGGGAAGUGCUGUGUAUGAAAGGCGCUUUCUCCUAUAUCGAAGCAUCGGCUGCCUUAAAAGUACGCUUUUUCGGAUUCAUCAACCGAAGACUCUAAGUUAUACAUCACUUAGUUGAUAAAUAACAUGUUUAUCUAAUAAAGGCCAAGAACAAAGUGUAAUUACCAUGGAUACUGGAGGUUCGAAUCAAACUCCGCGACCAAGCGGUCAUGUUGAUAAUCGCGCUUCUAAGGGUCAUCAUAUGCGUAAACGUGGUCACAUAAGUCACCACGCCAUGGUACACAGGAAGUUGAUGUCAGCAAAUAGUGGUAACAUAACGCUAGUGCGAGAUGAUUCUGGUCAUUCCGACGUGACAGUUCCAUUACCUAACGUCAUACAACCCCCGCUAAAAGCUACCCAAUCUCCAAUAACAAAAGUGACAGGACCUACAUCCGGGUUAAAAAUGCUACAAGUGCCGUCAUCCAAUGAUUCACAGAGAAGACGUCGCACUAUAAGCAGCGGGAGCGAUUACUCAGCGGAUGAAAUAGAAUACGUUGAUCGUGAAUUAGAAAAGAUUGUAUAUACUUAUGGACCAAUAACAUCUACCAAAAUAGAUCAUAGGCACGUACCAAGGCCACAAACCAACGUUGAAGAACCAGAGUCUGAAGUAAAACCGACUAAACCCGUUACACCAUUACUACCGACAUAUCAACCAGCAGAAAACGAGCUGCCUCCUAUGUGCGAGAAAACCUAUGUUAGCCUGACAAUGAAUGAAAUACCUAUAUACGGAGACACUCUAAGAAGGAUCAACAUACCUUUUGCAGUGGUUGUGCAACCAUUUGCUGAAGAAGUGAAGGAACGCAUCCCCAUGGUAGAUUUGGUAUCGGCUAUAGGUGAAUGUGAACUAUCGAAGCAAAAUUUAAUACGCUGCCCAAAAUGCCAAGCAUACUUUAAUCCAGCCAUGGAACUUGAUGCAAGACUCGACUACCGUAUAUGCAACUUUUGCUACACUGGGUUCACUUUGACUGAACCUGAAUCCAGGGCCCUUGCUGAAUUAAAGGCAGAAGUUUCUAAGAAUUGUCCAGUAGCUCCAGUGAUGCAACCGAGUGUAGAUUUUAUUGCACCAGUACGAUAUUACAUCCAGAACCUAGAGGACGAUGGCACUCUAACAUCCCAGCUUUCAUCGCUAAUGGUGCGUGCUAACGAGCUGUCGUAUAAACUGCCAAUACUGCGCAAUCGCUCUGAGGAUAAUUCCAAUGUCGUUUAUUACACCUACAGUUCGGUGUCAUCUAAGUCGCCAAAUAGGUCCACGUCAGGAUCAAGCAGCCCAACCAGUGUAUCUACGGCCGGCAUGAUGUCGGAUUCCUGCACAAUCUCAUCGCCAAUGCGUAUGAUGGGCUUAAACCAUGACAUCCCAGAGGACCCUACUUGGCCACAGAUUAUGCCGACAACACAAAUCAACACAUUACCGUCGUAUGUCAUUGCCAUAGAUACGACCUCUACUUCACGCUCCAUCGGACUUAAGAAUUGUGUACUGGAGGCAUUGAGGCCAGUAUUCCAAACGUGUCAGGAUAUGCAACGAACCGUUAGGUUUUGUGUCAUUACGUAUGAUUGCGUGGUGCAUUUAUACGACCGGAGAAAUGGCUUUUUUAGUGUAAAUGUAGUAUCUGAAGUUGACGAAUUGUUUUCACCAGGAUGUUUUGAGGAACUAUUUGUAGAAUUCACGGGAAAUAACAUCGAAGAAGUCUUGGAGUAUUUGGAUAACAUCACUAAGGUGUCAAUCCCACCAACAGGCUCACUAUCAUGUGGAAACUUUGCUCUGUCAGUUGCUAUCUCGCUAUUGGCAGAUGCGCAUCUUUCAGGCACCGUCUCCAUUUUCUACGCACAGCCACCAGAGUUGGGAUUGGGGCACUGCGAAAAACCCAGCUUGACCACUGAAUUCAGCGUUGAUGAAACCAUGAAGAUCGUAUAUGAUGGAAUGAUACUCCAGUGUUAUGAAAACGCAAUCGCCGUGGAUGUGUACAUUUGUGCUGCCCAGGAACGCAUGCCUGCAGAUAUACCGCUAAUGUACAUGAGCCAACAGACGGCUGGUUGGGGUGCCUACUUCUCAUCCUUCAAUCCCAUUGAAUGUGGCCCUAAAAUAAUGCACAGCUUUACACGAUUGUUCACAGUGCCUCACGCUUACAACUGUGAGCUUAAACUGCGUACAAGCAAACCUAUAUACAUACUUGGGAGCUUCUGUUCGUUCCACAACAUGAGAUCGUACAUUGAUAAGUCAACAAUGAAAGUACCAAGGCUGUCCCCGGAUACUGCAAUAUGCUUCCACUUAUAUGUAGAUGAUCUAGUUAGUGACAGGCGUCAACUGUAUGUUCAAUUUGCUUGUAUGUACAAUUCGAGCAUCACUGGAAAGAAACUGAUACGAGUCCAUACACAAUCAGUCAAAGUGUCAACCAAUAUCCACAACAUAUUCAAGAACGUAUGUGCUGAUACUAUAAUAAAUUACUACGCGAAGAAACUGGUUUAUGAAAUGAUAAGGUCAAAUAAGAACACGAAGCAGAAGGUAACAAAUGAAGUGGUACUCUUCCUUGCAAACUACCGUAAACUAUGCGCACCUUCGACACCGGAAAACCAACUUAUACUACCAGAGAACAUAAAGAGUAUACUGUGCUUGCUGAACGCACUGAUGAAGAUCAUCAACCUCGGGGAGCAAGGUGCCGAAUUCUUGACAAAGAUGCUACGCAUACUACAGGCUCCGAUACAGGAGACUAUCUAUCUAUACUCCCGUUGCUAUUGUCUACACCGAAGCGUUUAUGAUAACAAAGAAUCAACGAUGGAUGGUGGAUGGGAUUUCUAUUGCGCACCCAUACCGUCAACGGUUACUCAAAUAUACAGCGAUGGCAUAUACCUAAUUGACGAUGGCCAGAAGCUGGUUCUCUACUUUGGACCACAUGUUAAAUGGCCACUAUUGCAGGAACUGUUCGGACAAGAUUUGCUACUAGAUGAAAAAACAUCUAACAAACUGGAGGUUAGAACAGAUACUGAAACAGGUCGUAACAUGUUAGACGCCAUAGAGCGCGUGAGAUCAACCCAUGUAGGUGGACGAUACCUAGGACUGCAUAUACUCCCAUACUCCUCCCGCCAUCAUCGACUUAUCAAACUGUUGUUACUUGAAGAUGAGAUGGGAGAGGUAUCCAGUUAUGUCAACUUUCUUGUAGAAGUCCAUAAAUCGAUUAGACACACUAUCGAUGAUAUCAUCGGUUAGAUAAUUGUGCAAGGGGUCGCGCAUCAUCUCAACAUGAUCUGGUCAACUUCCACUCUUAAU